GAUGGCAGUGUAGCGCCUGCGGACCCAGCGCACUCUCAGUGGAGGCGCAGAAGAAGAGUGAGCAGCGGUGAGGGGCGGCAGUCUUCUCCUGAACUCCUCGUUCAUGGCUUAAACCAGCGCUUUUCUCCAGGACUGUCAUAUACGGAGCGUGCAGAGAUGAAGCGGGUGCGGACGGAGCAGAUCCAGUAUACGGUGACCCAGUACCUGAAGAGGAGGCAGUAUAUAGACACAGAUGGGUCUCUGAAGGGGGCCAAACUCUCCCAGUCUGCUGAGGAGAUGGCAGCCAGUCUGACGGUUCAGACGGAGUCCAGCUGUGCGAAUGUGGUGUCCGCAGCCCCGUGUCAGUCAGUCCCGCAGCAGUAUGAGACCCAGUUCUCCAGACUGCGCUCUUUCCUGCAGGAGGCAGAAGCACCGUUAGUGAAGGAGGUGAGCGGCGUCUUGUUUCCGCUCUUCCUCUACCUGCACCUGGACAUGGCGCGGUGUGGCCUGAAGGGGGCGGUAGACUCGUUUUACAAUCGCUUCCACUCAUUCUUCCAGCAGGACCCUGAGCAGAAAGCCAUGGUAGACCUGCUACGAGGAGUCGUCACGCCUCAGGAUGUGACCUCAAACCCUAAACUCUGCUCGCUCCUGGAUCACAAGUAUGUGGUGCAUCUGACGGAUCAAGCGUACAACUACCUGCUGCGUUACCUGCAGAGCGACGACAACAGCGCCAUCUGCUGGGCGCUCAGCACACAUGUGCAGGUGGAGGUGACAGCAGCGCGCCGAACCGACUACCAGCUGUACAGCGCAGGCAUAGGAGCAGGAAACACUACCUCCACUUCCUCUUCCUCUGCUGCAUGGACUGCGGGGAAUGGGUCGGAGGGGGCGGAGCGUGUGGAGGUCACGGCUGGGUUACCUCAGAACGAGGCGGCGCUGGAGGCGUUGCAGGACUGCAUAAAGCGCAAUGAUGAGGAUGACUCAGGCAGUGAGAUAAAGACCCUGCGCGCUCACAGCGGCCCCGUGUACCGCACUGCGUUCCUGACGGACGGCUCCGGCCUGCUGUCCUGUUCAGAGGACUCCACCGUUCGCUUCUGGGACCUGAACAGCUUCACGAACACCGUCCUGUACCGCGGCCACACUUACCCCGUCUGGGACGUGGACGUCAGUCCCUGCAGCCUGUACUUCUCCACGGCGUCCCACGACCGCACCGCGCGCCUCUGGAGCUUCGCGCGCACCUAUCCGCUGCGUCUGUACGCCGGACACCUCUCCGACGUCGACUGCGUCAAAUUCCACCCCAACUCCAACUACGUGGCGACGGGCUCCACGGAUAAAACCGUGCGCCUGUGGAGCACGCAGCAGGGGGCGUCCGUGAGGCUGUUCACCGGGCACCGCGGGCCCGUGCUGUCGCUCGCCUUCUCGCCCAACGGCAAGUACCUGGCCUCGGCCGGAGAGGACCAGAGACUGAAGCUGUGGGACCUGGCGUCCGGCAGCCUGUUCAAAGACCUGCGGGGUCACACUGACAGCAUCACCAGCCUCUCCUUCAGCCAGGACAGCAGUCUGGUGGCCUCCGCCUCCAUGGACAACUCGGUGCGGGUGUGGGACAUACGCAGCGCCCACGGCAGCGCCCCCACCGACGGCUCCAGCAGCGAGCUGAUUGGACAGUACACGGGCAGCACUAGCAACAUCCUCAAUGUGCAGUUCAUGGCCUGCAACCUGCUGCUGGUGACGGGCACUGCGCUGGAGAAACAGGAACAGUGAGAAUGUGUGUGUGUGGGUCAAUCUCAACAAAACACGUCCGGGUCAUAUUUCACCCCAAAAUCAUCAGAUGAAAUAAUUAGGACUAAUUCGGGAUAAUUGGGUCACUCAAUGGCAAAAUGCGUCCCAGUUUACCUGAAUUCACCUUGUAAGUAAAAUAAAGCCAUUUAGCACCAUAAAUGAUCUUUUUGCAUUGUGACGUUAUUUCUAUAAAAAAAGUUCUUAUCACUGUAAUGCAAAAAACAAAAAAAACAAUGAGAUGCUAUUUGAAUGGUAAAGUAUUUAUCAGGGUGGUAUUUGUUGUAUUGCCCUUAAUUUGUUGAUUCAGCUAAAUAAUUAAGCACUUAAGUUUCUUU